AUGUUCAUUGGGUCAGGAGGACUAUGUGAGAGGGGGGGGAGUUCUUUUCAUCUCAAGAGCCCGGCCACUCAGCAGACUGGAAGCUGCAGAUGGACGCUGCCCCUGAGGCAGAAAAACCGCAGUAUCAGUUCUUCUAUGAUAAAGCUUUGAAGAGGGAAAAGGAAAAGAAAGAGAGAGAGAGAAGGGAUAAGGUGCAGGCUCAUGAGGCCGUCUUUAGCACCGUGUCUGCUUUGACUAAUGAGGAGGUAGAAGAGAAAACGGUUACCCUCCUCAGAGCCUUGGUAGAGGUCCGGGUUGCUGAGGACCACACUGACCAAUUCGCACAGGUGUUUAAGCAGCUCAAGGAGUUGCGCGAAGACAUGGCCAAAAUGGCGCAGCAGCGCCGUGACCAGCUGCAACAAUUUGCUAGUUCGCAGCAGGCUCAGGUUGUCUCUCCACUCACCUACCCUGCUUCCAAUGUUGCGUGUCAGUCCAGUUUUGCCCCUCUAACUGUGUCAACUUCUUCUCCUUCUACUUCUUCUUCUUCUUUGAGUGUGAUUAACAGCCAAAGCGGAUCUGCAGCAAGUACAGACCCCGCUGCUGCUGCUGCUGCUGUAGCGGCAAGUGGUAGUGUAGGGAAUUCUGGAACCGUUGCAGUCCCGAGUCCGGACCCAGCAAUGGCAGGGCCAAGUGGUAGCUUUGCUUACAUCGACAGGAAGGCGGUGCAGAUUUCGUCCAAGUAUGACAGAAAGGACGACAUCGAGUCUUGGAUCAGCUUCAUGCGAUCCUACUUUGAUGUGUUCGGGACACCCUCGUCAACCCAGUCGUCUAUCCUAGGGACUAAUGUGGAGCCCGUCGUGAGAGGUUUCUUGGAAACCCAAGCUGUCCAAUUAGGCUAUAAGAGAAUAGACGUGAACAAAUGGUUGAAGGCCACGCCUACCACCACACUCGAGGACCUCUUGAUCAAACAGUAUGCUGAUCCACAUGCUGCAGCUAAAGCAAGACUCAAGCUUGACAAGCUCAAGCACAGCAAGUGGACUGACACCAUGCAUAGCCUGCAACAGUAUGUUAGUAAACUCUUUGCUACUCCAGAUCUGGAGAUGACUGCGCAGUCUUGUUUGGAUGUGAUAAAAGGUACGGUCCCCUCUACUCUAAAAGAUUGUCCAGGGCUCGGGCUCAGCGGAUAUACAGAUUGGCUUACCCUCAUGCGGGACUUAGUCAAGCUGGAGGCACAAGACCUCCCAGGUGGAUCAAGUGGCAAAAAGGUCACCAACCGCAAAUGGUUUACAGCUAGCAACCGUUUUGCAGCACUCGAUCUGCUUGAGGUUGACGAGGAGACCCUCGUGGAUGAAUCUUCUCUUGAUGACGAUCAAGAGCAAGACUGCGGGGCAUCUUGCUCUAUGUCAGCCCAUGAGUCUGAGUAUGUAAAUGACGAAGAAUCUAUGAAUGCCUUUAAAAAGACUGCCUUUAAAAGUGGGUGCAAAGUCUUCAGCACGAUCAAUCUCAAGUCUGGCUACCACCAGAUUGAAGUCGAUCAUGCAGACCAGCACAAAACCGCAUUCAAAACUCGCGAUGGGUUGUACGAGUUUACCGUCAUGCCCUUCGGAUUCACGAAUGCACCAGCCACCUUUCAAAGUCUCAUGGACAAAGUGUUCCGCCAUCAGAUUAACCGGUUUGUUGUUGUUUAUCUGGAUGACAUACUCAUAUUCAACAAAUCGAUGGAGGAACACAUGAGACAUUUUGAGGAAGUGUUGCAGGUCCUCAAGGAAGCGCAACUCCAUCUCAACUUGGAGAAAUCUGAGUUUGGGAGGGAUAGCGUCAUCUACCUUGGGCACCGGUUGUCUACUGUAGGUCUAGAGCCUGAGGCAACCAAGGUUGAGGUAAUCCGCAAUUGGCCUCAACCGACAAAUGUCCGCGAGUUGCGUUCUUUUCUUGGUCUUGCCUCGUACUAUCGCAAUUUUGUGCCUAAAUUCUCUAUCAUCGUUCGUCCGCUGUUUAGAUUGACCAGCAAGAAUGUGUCCUACACAUGGGAUGGGGAAUGCACGACAGCCUUCCAAGCAUUGAAGGAGGCUUUGUGCGGACCCCCGAAGACUCUUGUGAGCGAUCGGGAUACCAGGUUCAUAAGUGCAGAUUGGAAAGACUUCACAUCCCAGACCUAUGACAUGAAACUCAAAAUGACGUCUGGUCGACACGCCGAAGCCAAUGGACUGGCCGAGGAGAUCAACCAGGCUGUGAUCCAACUUCUCAGGGUUCUUAUCGUGCCUGACCCGAACUCUUGGGAUGAGGAGUUGCCGAUUGUGCAGGGGUUGUACAACAACUCCAUCCACUCUUCCACCGGGAUGACGCCUAACCGGCUGCACCUUGGAUGGAAAAUCUACAAUCCCUUAUCCUAUCUGUUCCUGGAACAGCCACCUGGCCUAACACCUGGCCAGCCAAGCUAUAGUGCUAAGUACGAUCGUUUGCUUAAAGUUGUUGUCGCAGCUAUGGAAAGGUGACGCAAUGCUAUAAUUAAGCAUGCAAACAAAAAGCGUCAGCCUGA